AUGAGAUAUCUCACAAUUUCCCUGACCCUGGCAUUAUGUGUUCUGAGCACUGCCGCAGCCCCAACCCCAUCAAGCCCCAGAGGUGCUACCCACGUUGGCAAACUCGAGGCGUACAACAAAAUGCAACCGCGUGGCGAUCCCACGGCUGGACUAUCGUCACGUGCUCCCAAAGCUGGUGACCACAUUGCCGAUUUCGACCAGCUUCCUGGUGGUGAAUACCGGGGCCAAGACGAGGCAAAGGCAGCCAAGCUCGAGGCGCGCGGUGGACCGGGUUUGGAGUAUCGCGUGGGCGAUCCCGUAGCCAGUGCUUUACUGCGGGACACAUCGCUGCAGACUUCCCGGUCCGGCAACAUGAUUCGGUUUUGGCGCCCUGAGGGUGUGACAUACCAGGGCCCCCAGGCGAAGAUGCAUACGGCCAGCUUUAUGGCCGUCUGA